GCGAAGGCGCGUCCCUCGGGUCCUCAGACUCCGCGCUCUACGGCGCUGGCGCUGCUGUGCGGAAAGAUGUCGGCUGCGGUCCGGGAGGAGCCGUGUGGUCCUCCCGGCAGCUUCGCGAAGCGGGUCCUGGUGACCGGGGGUGCUGGUUUCAUUGCAUCCCAUGUGAUUGUUUCCUUAGUGGAAGAUUAUCCUGACUAUAUGAUCAUAAAUCUGGACAAGCUGGAUUACUGUGCAAGCUUGAAGAAUCUUGAGCCUAUUUCUAACAAACGAAACUACAAAUUUAUCCAGGGUGACAUUUGCGAUUCCCACUUUGUGAAGCUGCUGUUUGAAAUGGAGAAAAUAGACAUAGUGCUGCACUUUGCUGCACAGACCCACGUAGAUCUUUCAUUUGUCCGUGCCUUUGAGUUUGAAUUUACAUACGUGAAUGUUUAUGGCACUCAUGUUUUGGUAAAUACUGCUUAUGAGGCCAGAGUGGAGAAAUUUAUUUACGUCAGCACAGAUGAAGUAUACGGAGGCAGUCUUGACCAGGAGUUUGAUGAGUCAUCACCCAAGCAACCUACAAACCCUUACGCUUCGUCUAAAGCAGCCGCUGAAUGCUUUGUGCAGUCUUACUGGGAACGAUACAAGUUCCCAGUUGUCAUCACAAGAAGCAGUAAUGUCUAUGGACCACAUCAGUAUCCAGAAAAGGUUAUUCCAAAAUUUAUAUCUUUGCUCCAACACGACAGAAAAUGCUGUAUUCAUGGGUCAGGGCUUCAAAGAAGAAACUUCCUUUACGCUGCUGAUGUGGUGGAGGCAUUUCUCACUGUCCUCAGAAAGGGAGAACCGGGUGAAAUUUAUAACAUUGGGACCAGCUUUGAAAUGUCAAUUGUCCAGCUUGCGAAAGAGCUGAUACAGCUGAUCAAAGAGACCAAUUCAGAGUCUGAAACGGAAAAGUGGGUGGACUACGUUAAUGACAGACCUCACAAUGACAUGCGAUAUCCAAUGAAGUCUGAGAAGAUGCGCAGUUUAGGCUGGAAGCCCAAAGUGCCCUGGGAAGAAGGAAUAAAGAAAACAGUUGAGUGGUACCGAGAGAAUUUUCACAACUGGAAGAAUGCAGAGAAGGCAUUAGAGCCCUUUCCAGUUGAGCCACCCUUUGUGUAG